AUGUUUUUCGACAGCAGCUCCACCCCGCCAAACACGGAUUCCCCUCCACCGCAAUCGCCAUCGGGACUGCCGCUAUCGAGAUCCUACAAGACCACUGCCGCCGCUGUCAUCGCUCUCGCAAACUCGAAUAACGCGGCUGCAGCAGCCACAUCAGCAUCGACAGCCUCAUCUGCCACUCCAACUGAGACCAACCCCUCGUCCGUCUCCGAAAUGGCCGACGUGAAAGAGGACGACACCCCGACGCGGGACUUCCUGACCAAACAGGCCCUUGCGAACACGGCCGUCCUCCAUCCGCUCUCGGCACCGACCAUCGUCACCUCCCUCGACCCGACCACCAAUGAAUCCCGCACCACCAUCCUCUCCACAAACCCCGCAAAGGUGCUUUUCCAGCAAGUCGGCACGACCACGGCCGCCUACGAGGCCCUCCUCGCCCAGACCGAGCUCGCAAUGCACGAGCGCCUCCAAAUGUUGAACGAAGACGUCGAGGGCCUUCGUAGCGCUGUCGAUACCGCCCGCCUGCAGAAGGAGAACUCAGAGAUGCUCGAAGCCCUCGAACGCAGCCGCGGCGCUUUUCAGCUGCAUAUUCCGAACCGACAGGCACAGAUUCUCGCCGAGCCCGCGCCUUCGAAGUCGCUCACCCCCGCACAGCUCUACGUGCAGGAAUCAAAGACGCAGCAGGAGGGCCUCCCCAAGUCCCGUGCGAUGAGGAUGAAGCCCACUAUUCCGCAAUCACCCGCGUCCGCGCCGUCCACCAAGAAGACGGAGUUGCUUUUGCCCGAACAGGAUGUCAUGGAGAUGGUAUCUCCGCGCACCGUCCCCACCAAGGAGCGGCAUCCGGGGGUCGUGGGCUUGCGGCUCGAUGCCGCGGCUACUUCGCGGUGGGGCACGGGCCCCGAGGCCGAAGAUGUCGCUGCUUGGAUCAAGGAGGUGUCGGAGGCAGAAGUGGAAACGGGCUCGGCUUCGUUGACGCCGCCGCUGACGCCGCCGAUCAAGUCUACUGGUCUGCCGAGGAGCCGGACGUUCGAGGGCCGGUAG